CCCUGCUCUGCCUACAUCAGCCUGAAUGAGCCCUGGAGGAACACAGAUCAUCAGAUAAACGGUUCCCACGGCCAGCCGACGUGCGACAGCCAAAUCGACGGGGAGUGGUAUCGCUUCACCGGCAUGGCUGGCGAUGCUAUGCCUACCUUCUGCAUCCCAGAGAACCACUGUGGCACCCACGCUCCCAUUUGGCUGAAUGGCAGCCACCCACGGGAGUCAGAUGGCAUUGUCCAACGCCAAGCCUGUGCCAGCUUCAAUGGCAACUGCUGCCUUUGGAACACCACGAUUGACAUCAAGGCGUGUUCAGGCGGGUACUACGUGUAUCACUUGACCAAGCCCAGCGUUUGCUUCCACGCGUACUGUGGGCAUUUUUAUGACAUCUGUGAUGUGGUGGAUUGCCAGGACUCCUGCCUCGACACCGGUGACUGCCUGUGUUCCCUGGGGACAACACUAGGACCUGAUGGACAGACAUGUCUUGAUGAAAAUGAAUGUGAGCAGAACAACGGAGGCUGCAGCGAAUUUUGUGUUAACCUGAAGAACUCCUACCGCUGCGAGUGCGGGAUUGGGCGCACUCUGGGAAGUGACGGGAAAACCUGUGAAGAAAUUGAAGGAUGUCACAAUAACAAUGGAGGCUGCAGCCAUACCUGUAUUGAAGUGGAAGAUACAUACCAGUGUGAAUGUCCGAGAGGACUUGUUCUGUCAGAAGAUAACCACACUUGCCAAGUCCCAUUAUAUUGCUCUGCUUCAGCUGUGUAUGCCUUUGCCAAAUCUAUGCUAUUAGAACUGAAAUUUUCCAUUUCCUCAAAACUUCAAACUGGGCUUUUAAAAUUUCAGCUGAAGUGGUUCAGCCCUUUCCAUGAAUGGCGUUAG